AUGAUGUUGCUGGUAAACUAUGUCCAGAGCUUCCCACCGUCUCGCCAAUGCCUCGAGAGCAUCAAGGGUUUCUGUAAGGCUCACUCCUCCGGCGAUGUCAGCCAGGACCUGCUGAAACUGGUGGGUGCACUGCUGCGAGAGGCGCCGUUGGAGGGUCUGUCCAGCUCGAUUGCGCGGUCUUCACGACAAGGCUAUGCCUCGGAGUUUGCGCUGCUGGCCGACUUCUCUGCUCAGUCACCGGGGAGUGGCGGCGGUGGCAGCGUUCCCAUCUCCACUGUGCCUUACAUGAAGUGGAUGGGCGUCUCCGUGAAGAAGAACGAGGGGAUGAGGUGCUACAGCGAGGUCAUGUACCAGCGCGUGUGGUGCCCCCCGUACGUGGAUCAGUUUCCGCUGCUGUGCCUCGAGUCUACCGUGGAACGGCAGGCCAAUAUAAUGUCGACCUUUUCGGCCAACUACAAGACGAACCCGAACGUAAUGCAGGCUACCCUCUUUUUUAUGAAGCAGCUCUGUGACAGCUACGUCUCUAAGCUGGUUCUCUCUGAGCCGCAGCUGCACUUCCGGUCUGUCACCAUCUGCUAUCUUCCCAUGCUGCUCGAGAUGAUGGAGAGCGACUACCUGUGCGUGCGCAACCACGUCUACGACUUCAUCCUCAACCUCGGUGUGCACGUGCAGCUCAUCGACCCCGCUGGCGUCUACCCCGGGUGCACGGAGGCCCUCGAGCAGGAGGUAGUGUGGAUGUUGCUUACCGUGACGCAGCGGCAGGCGGUGCUGAAGAUUUGCGACGAGACGACGUGGACGGCAGCAGCCAAGUGCCUGCUGGCGGUGGUGCCACCGUGCUAUCGGCACCUAGUCGAUUGUCGGGUGCUUUUUCAGGUGCUGCAGCUGCCGGGGCUGUGGGAGCUGCACCCCGAGGCCUUCACCGCCCUUGCGCAGGCGUUCGCGCGGAGUCUCUUAUCGAACAAAGACGUGGACGUGGCCGCCGCCGACAACCUCGUCGUCGACGAGGUCGCCUUUGCCAAGCUGGGCAGCUCCGCGAUGUCUGACAUUCUUACCAUCUACCGGCACUGCACCACUCCAGGCGCACGCAAGGCUCUCUUCCAGCUACUGGUGGCGUGCGCGGCCCGCCGGCAAGGGGCGCACGGUGCCCGUGGUAGUGCGCGCAUGUCUGGACAGCUGUUCCCCGAGGCCCGCGCCGGCGCCUUCAGGGAUUUGAUGUCAGUGGACUUUUUCUGGUAUAUUUUCCCGCUGCUGUACUACAUGUCCGAAACGGUGCAGCGGGAGCUUCCGCGACGCAUCGCCGACGGUCUCGUGAAGUGUGACUUCGAUGGCACAAAGAAGAGCUGGAACGUUGUGCUGCCACUGGUGGAGAACAUGCUCGGGCUGCUCGCUGAGGAUGCCGAGCUGGAGAGCUACACGCAGGCGCGUUUUAAGGCGGUGGAGGCCCUGCGGCGCAGGGAUGAGACGGCGUUUUUGGCAGCCCUUCAGGUGCUGCUGGGUGAGGUGGCUGAGACCUUGCCGCUGCUGCUGGAAGGGCAACGAGAGGCGAGUGACACCAAGAUGUGCACUGCCGCCUGGCGGCUCGCCUUUGUCAGCCUCCGCUGGAGCGCGCGGUAUUUGCCAGACGACGCUCACCGCGCCCUGACGGAGAAGCUAGUGCGCAACCUGGUCUUCUACAAAGAUGGCCGUGGCCACAUCGGAAACCGCGCACGAGUGGGCCAGAUGUGCUCCUCCCUUCUCUUUUCCCUGAGUCUGCUGUGCCGUACGUCCCCGCAGUGCGACGCCGUCACGUUCCGCACCGUCCUGGAGGUGGUUCUCUUCGACCGCGGCGAUGCCAUGGACACUCGGACUGCCAUGGCUCUCUACCAUCACCUUAUCGAGUAUCUAUGCGUGCCGACGCGGUCAUCUUUCCACUUGAACACCGCCAACGAUGUCAGCGACAUAUCGGUCAUGAUCAUUCGCGAGCGAGCGAUGUGCAUCAGCUCUGCUGCUGUUCAGCUCGUUGGGCUUCGCGUGCUGUGGGGCAUGUAUCGUAGCCUCGAUCAGAGUCAAGCCGCUGCGGUGUGCCGCGCGCGGCAUGUGCUGGUUCUCCUGCUAUGCCAUCAGAGCACCGACCGCCGGGGGGUGGAGGUGCGCACGUGGAGGACGGUCCUCACAGACCCAUACCCGCCCGUCGCGCUGCUCGCAGCCGAAAAGAUCAUGCAGAUCUUCAGGGCGGAAGAGAAGCCGAACACCGCGACAGAGAUUAACGGUGAAGCUUUUCGUGACGUGUACCACGACGCGAUGCGCAUCCUGGAAAAGGGGGAGAGGAAGCGCAUCUACUAG